UUACAUGUAGUUGGCUCAUAAAACUGAGCUCUUAAGCACACUCACCCAGGUUUAAGUCCCAUUGACAUAAGGGGGACUUACUUUUAAGUAAACUUGAUUAAAAUGGUGCUGUGUGUUUAGGAUUGGGGCUAUAAUCUAAAUUCCCUUUAUAGGCUUAAUAGGGUAUAAUUAUAACAACUGUCACCAUCUGAAACUGGUUAGGAUUUGUCUUCUGAAAACAGAUGCAGCUAUUUAUAAGAAGGGAAAUGGAACCUGAAGUGAAAGAGAACUAGCACAAGAGACAUUAUCUAAUCCUGCUCCCUCCCCCAUGGUGCUAUAUUUUCAGUUUGUUAAUCCUGUAUAGCUUAACUUUAUCUUUAGAUCACCAUGCCAUCCCCUCUUCCUCUUAGUCGCCUUUUCCACCUGGAAUUUUCUCCAUCUGUGAAUGAACGACCCUGUAGCAGUCCCCUGGUGCUCCCUGUUAAAGGUGGAAAGCUCUUGGAGGAAAGCUCUUCUGCUAGAGCUCACCGACUACCUCCUCGCCUGGCUUGGUGUUCUAUUGACUGGGACCAGUUGCAUUUGCUACAUCCCCUAGGCUCAGGUGGCUUUGGUUCUGUCUACAAGGCUACUUAUCGUGGAGCAACAGUUGCUGUAAAGCAGGUGAAGAAAUGCAGUAAGAACCAUCUGGCAUCACGGCAGAGCUUCUGGGCAGAACUAAAUGUGGCGCGCCUUGGCCAUAACAAUGUGGUGCGUGUAAUAGCUGCUAGUACAUGUGCCCCUGCCAGUCAGGAUAGUCUAGGUACCAUCAUAAUGGAAUAUGUAGGCAAUGGUACUCUGCACAACGUUAUCUAUGGGACUGGCAGUGCGAUAACAAAAAAGAAAGACAAUGAGUUUGGAUGUGGUCAUGAGUCUCUGAGCAUAGCUCAGUCUUUGAGUUAUUCAUGUGAUGUUGUGGCAGGCUUAGUUUUUCUCCAUUCACAGUUAAUUGUGCACUUGGAUUUAAAACCUGCCAACAUAUUCAUCACUAAACAAAAUGUAUGCAAGAUUGGAGACUUUGGGUGCUCCCAAAAACUAGAGGGUGAUGUUUCACUGGGCCCACAGCUUUGUCAGCAAGGGGGAACAUACACUCACCGUGCGCCUGAACUCCUGAAAGGAGAAAGAGUCACUCCCAAGGCAGACAUCUACUCUUUUGCCAUCACUCUCUGGCAAAUGGUUACAAAGGAAGAACCUUAUUUAGGUGAGCACCAAUAUGUACUUUACUCUGUGGUGGCUUGUAACCUACGCCCCUCUCUGAAUGCAGCUGUGUUCAGAGGUUCAGUCACUGGUCAAAGACUUGAGACUAUAAUUGGAAGUUGCUGGAGAGCUGGUGCAGCAGAGCGUCCUAGUGCCGAAGUCCUGCUUCAUGAUAUUCAGUCUCUGUCUCUAACUGUGUGAAGUUCUUAUAUCUCCUUGUCUUGUUUCUGUUCAUGCUUUUAUUGCUGAUAAUCUGUCUUGCUAAAUUAGUGUCUAUUAAUGACCCUUGUCAAUGUACAAAGGGAACUUUAAAAAAAGUAUUGAUCAUCAAAUUUUCUAUAAAUAAAGUUCUUUACAGAAAACUAGAAAUAGGUUUUAUAAUGUUUUACAGAGGAAAAUGUUAUUAAUUAGUUUCAGAUCUUAUUCAGCAUUAUGUUUUUAUUUGAUUCGUGUUUUUAAAAGGAAUUUACAUAAAUUAGAGAGUUGGACUACACACCUUUGCACAUUUGAGUAGGAAUUAUGCCUUUGACCUUGUAUCAAGGGGGAAAUGAUGGCAUAAAUGGAAAGCUUCUACAGUUAGCUGUUUACUUCUCCUUAUAUGCAGUCUGUAUCAGAAUACUUGUCUGAAAGUAAGGUGUACCGAUGCAGUUCACUUUUCUAAGGCAAUUUUAACAUAAAGAGGUGUCAAACAAGGUGGAGUAUUAGCUCUACUUCUGUUCAACUUUUCCAUAAACUCUCUUGUUGCUGCCUUAGCGAAUUCUGAUUUCCACCCUCCAAACUGGUAUCAAUACUUCUUUAUGCAGAUGAUGAGGCUGUUUUAUCCCAAUCUGCCUGAGAAGGGCACUUAACUCCCUUGCUCUUAAUUGCAAAGAGUAUGCCCUACAGAUUAACUAUACCAAAACGAAGAUCAUGAGGUUCAUAAUGCACCCAAGAAUACUGUCUUGGUCUGUUGAUGGAUGCAGGAUUGAGCAAGUCAGUUUUGAAGUACUUAGGUAUAGUCUUUCAAUUGUCUGGCAGCUGUAAGGUUCACUCUGAGUACGUGCUGCAAAAUGCACGGAAGUCUACAUCAGCCAUUUGGGGGCUUUUUCUUUCUUUCUUACUCCAGAGGGG